ACAUACGUGCAUGCACGCGCGUAUGUGUGAAGUAUGCAAGGUAAACGGUUAGUGUGGUUAGGGGCAUAUUUCGUCACUUGCGGUGAUGGCGGGGGUAAAACCUAACCGACUAAACGACAGGCAACACAAACAAUAACAGCGGGGACAAUAGACGGGUGAAAAUUAGGGGUGGUGGUGGCUCGAGGAAAUACCUACCCCCUAUCAAUCCUCCUUAGCUCCCAUAUCCCCAUGUUCCCAUGCCUCCGCCACCUCCAUCAGCUCCGCUGCUAUCACCAGCACCACAACCGAGUCCGCCGCCGCCGCCGCCGCCACCACUACCACCACCAGUGCGAUCCCCAUCAUCAUCACCACCGCCAUCACCCUGAUUAAUUCAUAAUUACUAAUUGGUCGUCUUGCAGUUUUAUUAGACAGAUUUGCCUAGAAAAGACACCUGAGAAGACGAAACUAAUCCACAGCAUUAGUUUAUGAAAUGGCAGCCGUGGUAGUGUUUGUGCGUGAGAUCUUCUGGAUAUUCGUGGUCACUUUACAGCUGUUUAAGGCCGAAGGGAGUCCAUUUUUGAACGUCACCCAGUGUUACGGCAUUAACACGCAUCUCCUGGAAAUAGAAUGCCAAAACCAUAACGAAGAAGUCGUCUUGAAUUCUUUGAAACUUGGAAGUAAACAGCUCCAAACGAACUGUACAGAAUCGAAAUCAGAUACAAACUUCUGUUGUCAAUGGGAUUCCGUGAAUGAUUGUUACUUUAUUUACGGUCAACCCUUAACUCCGACGGACGAGAAAUUCCGAAAAUGUCAUGGAAAAUCCCAAUGCUGGUUUAUUGUAGACUGGGCCUUAAAUAUUGAUAAAUGUCCCACUUCAAGGUUUGGCAUGACCACACAGUACAUGACUGCAGAAUAUCUGUGCGCAAAAAAAUACGACAUCAUGGAAGUAUGUUCUCCGACUGGUCCAGAAAUGAUAUCUCGCCAGGGUAAACCAAUUUAUCUAAAAUCUCCCGGAUACCCUUACCUGAAGAAAGGGGCAUGCAGGUGCAAUAUCCAGACAACAGGUCGUGUAAACCACCGGAUCGAAUUGAAAGCUAUUAAUGCAGAAAUUAAUUACCCACAAUCCUUGUUUGUUUUUGAUGAAUCCGAUACGACAAAUUACCCAAUGAAAAAUAUCACGUAUGAAAUGAAUUUAAAGGGUCUCGAUACAAUCUAUGUAGCGGACGGCACAAAACCUGGUAUUAGUUUGUGGUAUUUGCCCCAAAGAGAAUUUGCUUUCUACUUUGUAGUUAAUUCAUCGAUCGAAACAACGAUAAAGGUUUCCUGUUCACCUUUCAAGCGAGCAGAAUUGUAUUCCAAGAUCGAACGUUCACGUUACCAAUUGAUAGAAUUACAGACAUCGAAGAAUCUAUCAAACGUCGCCAUGUUAUUUAACAUAGAUUUCGUCAAAAUCCUUGUUCCGAUACUAGUGCUGCUCCUCAUUGCUGUAAUGAUUAUCAUACUCAUCGUUUAUCGAUGGAAACGAAAAAGGAAACACAACAUCAAAAAAGUUGCGCCUAAGGCACAAAGCUCAGACGAGAAUAUUUACGAUAACACCAAACAAGUGCCAGAUGACGUGGAAUCGGUGAACGAUACGACACAAUUCUGCUCCAAGACUUGUCAAACAGAUUUUGACUCACUGUCUGAGAUCGACAAAAAACCGCCCUCUUCUGCUAAUAAUGAGUUAGAAAUGAAUAAAUCAACAGGAUUAUCAACGUCAGAUAAUGGGUGUGUUAAUAAAGCUUUUGAAUCAGCGAAUGAUACAGGAAGUGGAGACGCCGCUGUUACAGUUGAACCGCGAAUGGAAAGUUGAAAUAUAUUUAUAUAUAAAGAAAAGAAAUUCGCGCCUAAUACAUUCGCGUAUACAUACACACACAA